AUGUUACUCCUUCAUGUUACGAUCAACAAGAGCAUGUCGGUCAAGGACAAGGGUCUCCUCUGGUUCUCGGCCUUGGUAGUCUUUCGAUACUGGCGCGCUAUCGUUACCCGGCUCUUCUAUACUCAAUACAGGGCAGCCACCGUACCUGAAGAUAAAUUGAAGUUUACGCCAUCAGAUUGUACGGUGAUUGUACCCACAGUCGGCCCAGCGAACAACCCCAUGUUCGCAUUGAUGGUUGAAGGGAUACUUCGGAACAAGCCAGAUCGACUCAUUUUCGCUGCAAACAAUGAAAAAGCGAAAGAACUUAUCGAAAGAAAGGUUGAAGAGGUUAAAAGUGCUAUGAGAGGUGGAAAACGAGGCGACGAAGAUUGCUCUGAAGAUCGCUACGAAGAUAUAUGGGAUGCGGUGAUACCAAUAACCAAUUGGACCGGCAAAACUGUUAUUGAAGCCAAGUACAUUGAGGAGUCCAACAAGCGCAAGCAGACUGAGCACGCUAUUAAGAUGGUAGAGACGGAUAUCACUUUCAUGGUCGACGAUACUGCUAUCUGGCAUCCGAGGUUCUUGCAAGCGACUCUACCAGCUUUUAACGAUCCAAAAGUUGGUCUCGUGGGAACACGCAAGCGGGUGCAAUACAAACGACCUUCUCACACCGAGGAAGAACACAAGGAGAAGAGCCGCCUGCGGUUUUGGUUGAGCUGGUAUCGCUCUGGCUUUUGGAACACCGUCGGUGCGCAGUAUCUUGAUCGCCAUAGCUAUGAGAUUCGGGCGUCGAAUGCCGGCGACGGCGCCGUAUUCGCCAUUUCCGGUCGUACUCUCGCCAUCUUGACGGAUAUAGUAAAGGAUUCCAAAUUCAGGGAAAAGUUCGUGGACGAAUAUGUGCUUACGUGGGUCUUCAAAUGGUUAAGCUACUUCAAAAGCUGGCACAUUUCACCCGCUGGCUGGCUACUUAAAUUUUUCGAGGGAAAAGGUCUAACGGAAAAGGGCAUUGGGCCCCUUCUUGCGGAUGAUGACAACUUCAUUACGCGGUGGGUCAUUGACCGUGGAUGGAACAUCAAGGUCCAAUCUUCGCUAGAGGCCACUAUGAUGACGAGAUUGGGAAGCGUGAAGAUCUUCAAGUAUGUGGAUCAAUGCGAACGCUGGAGCCGCACAACCUUUCGUCAAAAUCCCAUCGCGCUCUUUUCGGAUCGAACCAUCUGGUGGAAAUGGCCUAUCGGAGUGUGGACAGUGUACUUCCCGUGGAUGUACAACUUCGCGGUCUUCUGGGAUGGUCUGGCCAUUUUCAACUUUUGGCGAUCCGGACUGUAUCAGAACUCCUCGAAUGGCAACGCGCGACUUGUCUGCCUGAUCCUGGCUAUAUGGGCGACGAAGCUCAUCAAGACUUGGCGAUGGUUUCGAGAGCAUCCUCUGGACUUCCUCCUGUUCUUUGUCAUCCCGGCUUACCCUUUGUUCGGAUACUACCAUUCCUGGCUCAAGCUGUACACAGCGAUUAGCUGCUGGAAGAAUGAUUGGUCCGGGAGGGACGUGAAGAAGGCAGAAAAAGAUGCAGGCGCCAUCCUACGCGAGAAAUAUAAAGACAUCAUCAUAAGCGGAAGUAAGAAACAGACCGAUGGGUCUGGAUGA